AUGGCAGAUACAGCUACAAAUCAUAAAAAUGAUCCUACUGACAAGGCGCCCCAUGCCCUGGUCGACGCAGCAUCUGUUGACCAUGGAGUCGAUGGUGCUUCAGAUGGUAAAGUCGAUAUCAAAGAGGAAAGAGAGUUUCUUUGGAGACUUGAUUUAGGGCUUCUCACCAUCGGGUUCGUCGGAUACGUGUUCAAAUACAUCGAUCAAAUCAACAUUAAUAAUGCAUAUGUCUCGGGGAUGCAAGACGACUUGAAGCUUUACGGAAACGAACUGAAUUACUUCACGACCUAUUUCAAUAUUGGAUAUAUGAUCAUGCUCUUCCCAUCCUGCAUUCUGGUCUCCUACAUCGGGCCUUCCAUAUGGCUGCCUGCUUGCGAGGUUCUCUGGGGCGUAUUUACAUGUUGCCUGUCAGUGGUGACAAGUGCAGAGCAGGUCUACGGCCUUCGCUUUCUCAUCGGGUUCUUCGAAGGCGUCGCCUGGCCUGGCUACUAUACUAUCAUUAGCCAAUGGUACCUCCCUCAUGAGCUUGCUCUCCGCAUGAGUAUCUACAACAUUGCUCAACCAGUCGGCGCAAUGCUGUCCGGCGCCAUGCAAGGAGCCCUAUCUACGAACUUGAACGGCUCACUCGGUCGCGCGGGUUGGCGCUGGGCUUUUAUCAUUAAUGGAAUCUGCACCAUAUUCGUUGCGCUGCUGGCGUUUAUCAUUCUUCCUGGUUACCCAGAACGUCCCAAUCCACUAACAAAGUUCUAUCUCAAACCCCGGCACAUAGAUAUUGCUCUGGCGCGCGGAAGACGUGUUGGACGAAAGCCCCAGCGGGGAAUCACCCCUAAGUCCUUCUUUCGGACGUUUAAAAUAUGGUUUUACUGGGCUAUCGUCCUUUCCUGGCCGAUCGGAAGCAAUACCGUACCAAGUACCUACUUCAACUUGUGGCUAAAUUCGCUAACGAAUCCCGACGGGUCUGCUAAAUAUUCUGUGGCGAUGCUCAAUUAUCUACCCAUCGCCGGCCAGGCCAUCCAGCUCGUGGCCGAAGUUGUAUUCAGCGGACUCAGCGAUAAGUUUGGACGAUUUCCAUUCUUGCUUCUUCAUUCAACGAUUAACAUUACCUCCCUUGCCAUCCUGAUAGUCCGCCCCGAAAACGAACAGGCACAUAUGGCUGGAUAUUAUCUGAACUACGCAGGAGCUGUCUCCUUAAUGCUCCUCUGCUCGUGGGCCUCAACACACCUCCAGGACGAGCCAGAAGCACGCACAAUCAUGUUCGCCAGCGGCACAAUCAUCUCAUACGCACUCAACGCCUUUGUACCGAUCGCAGCGUUUCCAGCCUCCGAAGCGCCACAUUGGCGGAUUGGCGCGAAACUGUAUAUGGGGUUUGCGGUUGUGGCGCUCUUCAUGUUUGUCGGUACGUACUUUGGGUUUCGACGAGAUGACAAGAAGAGGGGGAAAGGGGCCCGCCAAGGGGAAUGA